CUCUCUCCCCCAAUCUCCGUAUAUCUUCCAUCCCCUUCCCUCCAUUCUUCCAUCUUCUCUUCUCUCUUCUUCCUUCCUUCCCCUCCCUCCCAUGUAAAUCCUCACCCCUGUCCUCCCACAUGUCCAAUGUGACCAUGUCCCGUCCCCAGGUCAGCAUCGACCGACUCACGCCGCGCCGAGUCACCGCCGAGCCGCGCGAGUCCAUGAACUGCAAGUCCUGUCGCAAGAGGAAGAUCAAAUGCAAUCGUCUGCGUCCCAGCUGCGAGGCCUGCAAGGUCUUCCAGUGCCCCUGUAUCUAUGAUGCCGUGCCGAAGAAGCGAGGCCCGAAGACCGACGUGCUCGAGGCCCUGCUGAAACGCGUCGACGGCCUCGAGAAACGCCUGCAGGAUGAAAACCAUCCGCUGUCGCCCGCCUCGUCCACGUCGCCCAUCAAGUCGCUCGAGUCUCAGCUGCCCGUGGCCCCGGUGUCCCUGCAGCCCGCUCCGGCUCCCCCCACGCUGUCGACCCCCAGUCCCAAUCGCUUGCCGGACGCCAUGCUCGAUGCCUACUUUGCCCGUCUCCAUGGCAAACCCUAUUUCAUCCUGGACGAGCCCUCCACUCGUCAGCGGCAUCAGUGCCGUCAACUGUCGCCCGCCCUGUCCAUGGCCAUCUACGCCGUCACGCUUCGGUAUACAUCCCCGAGCGGUCCGCCACAGAGUCUGGAGUACGCGCGACAGGCCCGACCGUUGGUCGACAUCGACAAUCCGUCCAUCGAGGGGCUACAGACCCUCCUGCUACUUUCCCAGACGUUCUUCGCCCAUGGCUGUGGCAAGAAGGCUUACAUGACUCUAACGAACGCCGUGGCCAUGGUCCUGGCUCUUGAUCUGUACCGCGAGAUGCCGUCGCCAGCACCCCUGCCGGCUCCCGAACGCGAGAUGAGACGGCGUCUGUUCUGGACCGUCUACAUCAUGGAUCGAUUUCUCACCUGCGGUUCCAAACGUCCCUGUCUCGUCGCAGAUCAUUCGAUCGUGCUCCGACUGCCCUCCACGGGGACCGAAACCGGCGAAUGCUUCAACCCCGUAGGUCCUAACAUCCAGUACGCGUCCGAGUCGCGGCGAAAGGGCCCCGGCGCGCGCGCCCUCCUGGUCGACAUCACACGCAUCCUCGGUGUCACGCACCGCUACCUCGCCGCGGGCGGCGUCAAGGGAGACUCGCACUUCCCCUGGCACGCGCUGUCGAACCUGUCGAAGAUCCGCCAGGAGCUCGACAUCUGGGCCGCCGGCACCCAGGACCUGUUCGCAUCGAUCGAGGCGCUGUUCGGUCACCCCGAGAGCACCGUGCUCCUGCUCAGCAAGCUCAUCUACCACCUGGUGCAUUGCCUGCUCUACCGGCCGUUCUUGCCGAUCGACCUCGUUGAGCUGCGCGGGUCGGGGCAGCACCAGUCGUGGCAGAUCGAGGCCACCACGCUGUGCUUCUCGCACGCCAACGCCAUCGCCGAGUUGGUCGAGCUGGCGCGGCAUGCCCCGCGCAUCGAGUGGCCCGACCUGGUGGCCUACUGCGUGUGCACGGCGGGCACCGUGCAUGUUCACGGGGUGCAUUACCACGGCCGCGAGGGCGAGGUGUUUGCGUCCAGCGCCGACUUCCUCGCCCGCGAGAUGCACCAGCUCACCUGGCUGCGGCAGUCGUGGGCGGGGGUGCAGCACCAGCGCGAGAUGCUGCAGACCAUCUCGGCGGGCCACGCCGAGCUGGUGCAGACGCUGGCGGCGCGUCCCGUCCGCUUUGCGCCGGUCUUUCAUCUGGAGGACUUCUUCGACCGCUACCCGGGGCUGGCCGUGGACGGCGCCCACGUGCGAAUGGUCGAUGGGGAAGAAAACAUCUCUUUCGAGCGACCGGACUUCUCCGACCCCCGACUCACGUACUCCGGCAUUCCGCCGGCCACCCCGACCCUCCCAUCCCAACCGGGUCGAUCCAACUCCUUCAGCUUCCACCCCUCUCAACCGUCUCCUUCGUGGCCCCCGGGAUCGGAUCUCGGGCUGCCCGACGGGUCCGCCCUGGCGGGAUUCUCUCCGUCCGGCGUCAGCAGCUCCGCGUUCCUGGCCGAGUCCUUCGCCCCAGCCGGACCCAGCACCGCAACGGCGCCGACAGCAGGCGGCAGCGCUCCGACACCGCCGGCCACACAGCCCCAGUACGCCACAUUCCCCUUCGAGGCGCCCGUCGGCGGAACGGCCCUGACCCCGGGCGCCCAGUCCCAGGGCAGCAGCGGCGGAUCCGGGACGGGGGCGGGGGCGGAGCACGGGGCUUCGGAGAAGGACCCGUUCCUGAGUCUCCUGGAGCAGUUGGCGGAGAACGAGCACUCGCACGGAGGGCCCAGCGAGCUAGACUUUUUCCUGGGAGAAAGUCUCGAGAAUGGGGAGAGCAACGAGGCGGAGUGAAGCAUCGGCGGUCUUUUUUUU